AUGCCCACAAUAGACGCAUCCACCCAUUCAUCGAAACAUUCUCUCACCGCGCAAAAUCCCUCAUUAGACAUGCCUCAUCCGACUACAAUUCAUAAUAAACUAGGGCAAGAAGAACAACAGCAAUCGACUCCAUCCUCUCCAUCCUCUCCAUCCUCCGUACUCGCCUUUUCUCCCAAUCACCUUCCAUCUCCAGCUAAUCUACAUCCGGCAUGGAGGAGCUCGUUCGACUCUCAACCAGGCUUGCUUUCUUCCAAUACAUCCUCUUCAAAUGUCUCGACCAUUCUUUCUCUACCUUAUCACUCAGUUCCGUGUGGCUCCUGCGCAUCGCUUUCAAUUCCUAAUAAUAGUACGAACGAACGCUUAAUAAAAGGAGCAAAUGAAAAUGUAGAAAAAAAUGAAACAGAGAACAUUAAGCUGUUUAUUGCUAUGGAGACUGUUAUACUAAUUAAUGUAGUACUCAAUCUAUGGGCAGCUUGGAAAUACAAUGCAGCUAUGACAUAG